AUGAAGACUCGUACGCUGGUGCUGCUGACUUGGGCGUUCCUCUUCCUCUGCAGGAGGGGUGGCCGCAUCGGAAGGGUUAGAAGUGUUAGAAGCGUCAGAAGGGUCAGUCGCGUCAGAUGGGUCAGUCGUGGUAGCUGCACUGGUUGUGGUGGCUUAGCACGCAGGGGGCCGCGGCGGGGCUUUCUCCCCGUGGAGAAGAAUUCCAAAGGGAGCUACAUAAAGGAGAGUUCCCCUCGCUGGCGCCACCCCCAAAAAAGGAGCCACCUAAACAGCGCCAGCGGAGGCGAAGGAUUUUCAAAUACCAUACAUCAUGAUGUGAAGAAAAACACACAGAACUACUCGGAAGAUGGACCCCCCGCGUCUUUCCAUAGAUACAUUGAAAACAUGAAGACAAGAAAAAAUGUCCAUCCGAGUAUACGAAUAACCGAAUUUGACAAAAAAUUCAUGAGAUGCAAGGAGAGUUACAACGGGAGGUACUCUCACCUGAAGGAUAGCGACUUGUUUGGAAACUUCCGCUUCAUAGGGAGACAAAAAAAGGGCAUCAUGUCUCCGAAGUAUUAUUUACCCAAGUAUGUAGAGAGGCCCAAUUACCACCGGACGGGUACGCCUGUAUAUGUGCCCUACGAGGGUGAGGGACAAAUCAGCGGCAGCGGAAAGGGGAGCGAAUCCGCUAAACACCCCUAUAGCAAUAUCAAAAGUGAGGAAGACAUUGAAACGAUUAGGAGCAAUUGUCUCUUCGCGCGAGAACUGAUGGACGACGUGUCACAUAUCAUCUGCGAAGGAGUCACAACGAACGAUCUGGAUAUUUACAUCCUCAAUAAGUGCAUAAAUAAUGGGUACUAUCCCUCCCCUCUUAAUUACCACCUCUUCCCCAAAAGCUCAUGCAUAUCGAUUAACGAAAUACUCUGCCAUGGAAUCCCAGACAAUAACGUCCUGUACGAAAAUGACAUCGUCAAAGUAGACAUCAGCGUUUUUAAAGAUGGCUUUCACGCGGACAUGUGUGAAAGUUUCCUCCUCCGGACCAAGUACACGAAGUUUAUUUUGAAAUACAACUUCGACCUCACUACUAAUAAAGUCGUCAAGACGGGGAAGCAAUGCUCCAUAAGAAAAAUCAGGUACGACCCACCUAACUCAAAGGAUCGUCCGACUGAACAGUACCAAUCCUACGACGAUAAUACAAAUGCAGUGCUUCGUAGCGGCGAAUUCCAGGGGGAAGCAGUUACACACGAUGAGGGUUACUACAACGCGGGAGGCUCCUUCCCCACCGAUGAGGCGGCUAAUGGAGCGGCGAACCUGUCCCGGGACGACCUGUCAGGGGAUUACUUAGAUGAGCUGGAACUCUUCCACCGGCAAUACGACGAGCAGGUCAUAUACAACAAACAGCAAAACAGCCAAACGUAUGAUGACAUCCAGAGUUACAUAUAUAGAAAAACUAGGGGGCCGCAAAACGACCAGAACAGGUUCGCCUUCUUCGACAAAAGGAAGCUUGACGUGGACGAAUUCAAGACGUAUAUGCAUAAGAAAAAUAUGGAUCUCAUAAGAACAGCGCAUGAAUGCACCAUGGAGGCCAUUCGCGUUUGUAAGCCAGGGGUCCCUUUCAGUGCCAUAGGAGAUGCAAUAGUGGACCACCUAGAGAGGAAAAAUAAUCACAACACACACUAUGCAGUGGUUCCCCAUUUAUGUGGACAUAACAUUGGAAAAAAUUUCCACGAAGAACCUUUUAUCAUUCAUACACGAAAUGACGACAAGAGACUGAUGUGCGAAAAUCUCGUGUUUACCAUUGAACCCAUUAUAUCUGAGCGACCCUGUGACUUUAUCAUGUGGCCGGACAACUGGACGCUGUCCAAUGCCAGGUAUGUGUUCUCCGCUCAGUUCGAGCAUACCAUCGUUGUGCGUAAGGACGGCGCGGAGAUCCUCACGGGGAAGACGGAACGCUCUCCAAAGUUUGUCUGGGAGUGCGAAGCGGCGUAG